AGAUCUAAUGAAAUUUUUUUCGCCAUUUCUCGCCUUCAUUUCCUCUUAUUUACGGUGGUGUCGCUUUGGCUUGUUCGUAGGCUGGAAACAAAACCAGAGUUGAGGCGAGGGAAGCAAAGCUACAAGCAAAUCGAGAGAGAGAGAGAGAGAGAGAGAGAGAGAGAGAGAGAGAGAUGGAAGUAGAAGGGUCUUCGAAGAAGAUGAUCGCGACCCAAGAAGAGAUGGUCGAAGCCCGUGUUCCUCUGCCCUACAGAGAUCAGUGCGCCCACCUCCUCAUUCCUCUCAAUAAGUGCCGUUCGGCCGAGUUAUACCUCCCUUGGAAAUGCGAGAACGAGCGCCACAUCUACGAGAAGUGUGAGUAUGAGCUCGUCAUGGAGAGGCUCCUCAAGAUGCAGAAGAUCCGAGAGGAAGAGAAGAUCAAGCAGCAGCAGCAUCAAGGAAUCCCCUUGAUCCCCAAGACCGCCAAUGCUUGAUCAUCAUCGGAAAGCAGGGAUUUAGAGCAUCCAAUGUUUUAUUUGGAAACCACCUGUGGGGACUGAUUUGAUUGUAUACUGCGAAAUAACAGUACAUGUUUGAAAGAACACAACGGCAAACUGCCUUACUCUCUUCUUCUUCUGUUUUCUAUUUUGCAGGCUCUGUUAGUUUCAGCUGAUUUGAAUAAAAGAAAUUGGAUUCCAGUGGUAA